AUGCAGAGAACCAAGCUGCUAAGAAACCCUCACACCUCCACCUCCGAUCUCCUAACAUGGUCCGAGCAACCUCCGCCGCAAUCCGCCUCCGGCCACCGCUCUCGCCAGCCUUCCGAUAAAAUCGGUGAAGUUCUCCGCGGAAGCCAGCUAACGGAGGAAGAAGCACAGAGUCUAGCCAGAAGGAAACCAUGCUCUGGAUAUAAGAUGCAAGAGAUGACUGGAAGUGGUAUAUUUUCUGGUAAUGCUGAAGAUACCACCACAUCAGAAACCAAGUUUGCUAAUUCAAAACACAGAACAAGCAUACGGGUAUAUCAGCAAGCAAUGAAUAGAAUCAGUCAUAUAUCAUUCAGCCCCGAAGGAAACGUUUCCCCUAAGAUACCAACCUCUCUACCCGAGAUAGCAAAGCAGCGUGAACUUAGUGGAACAUAUCAAAGUGAAUCAGACACGAAGAUCAAGAAGAACGUAUCAAGUGCCAAGACCAAGGAGCUCAGCGGAAGUGAUAUAUUUGCCCCUCCUGAAAUUGUGCCUCGUUCGUCGGGUGCUGAACGAACUUUGGAAUCAAAAGAAAGUAAAGAUACGAGAGAACCUGUUCCACGAAAAGUGCGCGCAUCGGCGCUAGUUUCUAAUGCUGGAGGUGGGCAAAGAGAUUUGUUAUUCCGUGAAGAGCCAGUUAAAAAGACAUUAAGGAAAAUACAUGAGCAGAAAUUUGCAGACCUGACGGGCAAAAAUAUUUUCAAGAGAGACGUUCCCGCAGGAUCCCAAGGAAAGCCUUCGAGCAGAGCUAAACUUAGAGAAAUGGCUGGAAAUGACAUUUUUGCUGAUGGGAAAGCAGAAAACAGAGACCAUAUACGAGGUGCCCGCAGACCCCCCGGUGGAGGAAGCAGCCUAGCCCUGGUUUAA